AUUUUUCAAAUAUUUCGAAACUAAAUAAUCCAAGUUGUUGGACGCUUGCUUAUUUUGAACACAAUGGAGAUUGACAAGUUUGAUUGGAAUUGUGACAUGGAAGUCAACCUUUUCCAUGCCUUAAGAGGACACAAGCCAGUGGGUGUGAACAGACAUUUUCAUAUGCUCAGCAUUCAUGAAAAACUGUCAACAUUAUAUAAGAAGAUCACAACAAAACAUAUAUGGGGCUACCUGAGUGAGCUAUAUGACCUUAGUGCACUGAAUGAAUCAGAAAUUAUUCCAUUUCCAAACAAGGAAAAUGAAUUUGAACUCCCAGAGGAAGGCUACACUGAACUAAAAGAGAAAUGUUUCCCCAGACUGUCCCAUCCUGCUUCAGACUCUGAGGAGAAACCUGAUAAGACAGAGACAGGCCCCAAGGUAGUAAAGCAGGAGCUGAAGCCCACAGUGGGCACUCCAGCUAUCAACACCCCAGACAACUCACCCAAGAGGAAGAGAACCAGGCACACCCCCAGCACUGCUAGUCCAGCAACCCCUGAUGCUCCUCCCCCAAAACGACGCAGAUGAAGGAUCUGCCCUCAAAAUGACUUGUGCACUUGUGCCAUCCACUCAAAUGAAAUUAUCUUGUAGAAACAGAAAAAAUGUUGCAGAUGCCCAAAAUUGGACACAUGGAUUCCUAAUGACCAGAAGAGUCAUAGAUCUGAACUGUUCAUUUUGAAAUUUUACAUGUAUAAAUGUUCAUCACAUUUUAUAUAAUUCCUGAACUAAAACAUCAUGUCCUGUUUGUUGCAAAAAAAAUUAACAUUGCCAUGGUGAAGGUUUUUGUUAAGCCGACCUGAACAUAACCUUGGUUGGGUAUAUGUGCAUGAGUGGGAACAAGCUUGCCCAUACUGUAACUUUGUCAUUAAUUUUGCAAUUGUCCAAUAACUUGCCGGAAAUGUUCGCCAUCAUAAGCCAACCUUAUGUUUGUAACAACCAUCUCCCUACCUCAAAGUUCAAGGUCAUUUUUAGAAGUCAAAUUUUGCAAUAAAACUCCAGACUUCUCAAGACUGUAACUUUUCAUGCAAUUUUGAUAUAACUUACCAAAAAUGACCUUCAUGAGUAGAUAAGAGUGACCUUAAGUAAUAAGCUGAGAGGUAGAGAGAUGGGACCUUAACGUUAAGUAAUGAGCUGAGAGGUAGACAGAUGGGAGAUAACCGCAACACCUAAAGAGGCCAAAGGUCAAAUUUGACAAAAAGAGAUUGUCAGAACUGAAAUAUUGUUCUUUAUUAGGCUAUUAAAAUAUAACACAACUAUGAUGACCACAAUUUAGGAGAUUUCCUGUCAAGUGUAAUACAUGUCUUACUGCCUCAAAGGUUAAGGUCACACAUAGAGGUUGAAGGUUAAAUUGGCCAUAUAAAAACCAGUUUGGACUGUAACCUCAUCUUUCAUCACGCAGUUUUAACAUAAUUUGCCACAAAUGAUCACCAUGUGGAGACUGUGUUCGACUGUCAUGUGUAACAACCGUAUCUCUUUGUCAAAGGUCAAGGUCAUACUUUAACACCAGAGAAGCAGUAUAAAAGGGCCACAAACUUACAAAAUGUCUACCUUUCAGUUGUACACUGGUGUGUAAACAGCAAAAAACAAAAAUGAUUAUUUUCCAAAUAUUUAGGUUUGUAUUUAAUAUUUUCCGAUGAAAUUUGGCAUACAUAUACUGUAAAAUCAUUAAAUUUCGUAUGGUACGGAUUUUCGUGGAUUUCGUUGGUCCGCCGAACCACGAAUUCAAGUACCAAUGAUUAUUUAUACAUUUUUAAUCCGAAAUCGGUCAUUUGCGAAUGUCAUUUCUGACAUUUCUUUUGUUGUCGAUUGUCCGAGAUAUUUGUUUUUUGUAAUACCAGGUAGUAACUUCACUUCAGUAGGUCACAUUACACUUAAUCUUGACUAAUUAAAACAUUUCGAAUUGAAAAUGUUGUUGUCAUUUUCCACUAAUUUGACGUAAAUUAUUUAUGUUAGAACUAAGAUGUUUAUGAUUACUUGCAUGUAUGUAUGUAUAUUACUAGCAUGAUAAGAACUACGCUUCCGUUUACGUCCAUUGACCAUUUCUUCUACUUCAUCGUUAGCGGCCUGUGUUAAUAAAGCUGCAGUCGUAGACUGAGCCUUUGCUGGGUCGGGCAAUCCUGCUAUAGUAGGAGAACGUGUCUGACCUGUUCCCGUUUUCAACCAUUUUGAAAGAGACAUUGUUUGAUUGAGAUACGCUAGUUAAUGCAAUAUGUUGUUUCAUUGAAAAGUGUUUGGUUAAUAAUACUUUUAUAAUCAAGCACGGUAUAUAAACUGUACAUCAACGACUGUCCUCUUUUACGGGACGCCAUCAAAUUAACAGUUUGUAGAUUUAUCACAUAUGUCAAUUAGUUCCAAUUAAACUUAAAAGAGACAUCACGGUUUUUCACAUGUGUAUUUUGGGGACCUUAUUACUCAAUUGUUACUACUAGGGGACCAUUUGCGCUGUGAUUUACAAAUAUUUUUAAAACAACAUUGGUGGCAAUUAGCGAGUGGGGACCCACAAGUGCGCCGCUUUUUCGCUCUUAUUGACAAUUAUCGGCAACACUUUCAUGCUUCAGUGCACAUUAACCUCGAGUUUUGCUGUCAACACAGAAAAGCAGAUUAUGCUUCGUUAUUACUCUGGUCGUUUUAAUAAAAUUUUAAUAAUUA